AUGAAGUUCUUCGAUGCCCUCAAGCCAUCGGCUCCGCCGUCUAAUACCUUUACGCUCGCCAACAAAGAGUUUCCAAAGGUAACAUGGUGGCGCGAGCCGGGACUUCGACGCCUGUAUCUCUUGCUUCUCGUGCCCCUGAUGACGUCCAUGGUCAACGGCUACGAUGGCUCCAUGAUGAACGCUCUGCAGACGAGUGGGCAGUGGCAGGAUUAUUUUCAUCAUCCUCGUGGCUCGCUACUGGCGUUUUACAACUUGGCUUUUGGACUGGGACAGCUUCUGGCCGUGGUUCCCUUUCCAUUCCCUGCUACAAUUGCAGAUAAGCUGGGAAGACGAUGGGGAAUCGUUAUUGGCAGCAUCAUUGCGAUAAUUGGGGUGGCGAUUCAGAGCGCGAGUAUAGAUGUCGGCAUGUUUGUCGCAGGAAGAUUUAUUCUUGGCUUUGGAGUCAUGAUAGAUCAUGGGAGCGCACCUCUCAUAGUGACUGAACUGGCUCACACGCAACAUCGAGCCACAAUUACUGCAGUGUACAACUCGAUGUGGUAUUUCGGAUCGAUUGUUGCUGCAUGGGUGACUUUUGGAACGAUUAAUAUCGACAGUGACUGGGCAUGGCGCAUUCCCUCCAUUAUUCAGGCUUUCCCUGCCAUUGUGCAGAUCGUAUUCAUCUGGCUAUUACCAGAGAGCCCGCGUUUUCUUAUUGCCAAAGAUCGCCACGAUGAAGCCCUCGAAGUCUUGGUCAAGUUCCAUGGCAACGGUGAACGUACCGACUUUGUUCAGACUUCUUUCACCGAGAUCAAGGAGACUCUCGCUUUAGAGCAAGAAUUUUCUUCCAAGAGCGGCUGGCUCGAACUGAUCCGCACACCAGGCAAUCGCAAGCGCACCCUCAUUUGCUACUUACAAGGCUUCUUCUCCCAGUGGUGCGGUAACGGCCUGGUCUCGUAUUAUCUCGUCCCUGUGCUGGAGACGAUUGGCAUCACCAAGAACGCUGAGCAAGCUGGUCUCAAUGGCGGGCUCCAGAUUUGGAACUUCAUCGUUGCUAUUUGGGCCUCGUUCAAUAUUGAUAAAAUUGGUAGGAGAAAGAUGGCGCUGGGCAGCACAGGCUCGAUGAUUAUAUGCUUUGUGUUAUGGACUAUACUUUCAGCGCGGUACAACAUCACGGGAGACAGCGCCGAUGCCAAGGGAGUGAUUGUGAUGAUCUUUUUGUUCUAUACGGCAUUCAACUGCGGAUGGCAAGGCCUACUUCUGGCGUAUCCCAUUGAGAUCUUGCCUUAUGAGAUCCGCGCCAAGGGCUUGAACGUUACGUUUUUCGGAGUCAGCACAAACUUGCUCAACCAGUACAUCAACCCUGUGGGUAUCGAAUCUCAGGGAUGGAGAUUCUAUAUUUUCUACGAUGUCUUUCUCUGUGUUAUUUUCACCGUCGUAUAUUUCCUCUGGGUUGAAACAAAGAACACUCCGUUGGAGGAAAUCGCCAAAUACUUUGACGGCGACGAAGCCAAGGUGGGUGGCGGCGCGUCAACUGGUAUCGCAGCAGCAGUGCUCUCUCAGCUGCAGGCGAAGAAGGGUGAUUUUGAUGAGGAAGUGGCACAUGUCGAAGAAAGCACGGUAUAA